CUCUUCAGCUGCUGGGUAACUCCUCCUUCAUUGUUUAAAGGAACACAGGAGAGAGAGCCCAUUUUUUGGCUCAAGAGCGCGCAUCUUUCACUCUCGUCUUUCUAAUUUUCUUUUUUCUUCUCUUGUUCUUCUUCUUCUUCUUUAUACAUACAUACAUGCUUCACAUCCAUUUGUGAUAAGAUUCUUGCAGAAACCAUGACCUUAACAAGACAUGACUACCUUUUGGUUACCGCCCUUUUCUCUUUACUGUUUUCUUUGGCGGUAGCUGACAAGGAUAAGUCUCAAACUGUGAGUUAUGAUGGAAGGUCCUUGAUUGUCAACGGCAAAAGAGAGCUUCUUUUCUCUGGCUCCAUUCAUUACCCUCGUAGUACUCCUGAUAUGUGGCCGGAACUGAUUGCAAAGGCCAAGCAUGGAGGUUUAAACGUUAUUCAAACCUAUGUUUUUUGGAAUAUUCACGAGCCUGAGCAGGGCAAGUACAAUUUUGAAGGAAGAUUUGACUUGGUGAAAUUCAUGAAGAUGAUUGGAGAGCAGGGUAUGUAUGCAACUCUCAGGCUUGGGCCAUUCAUCCAGGCUGAAUGGAACCACGGUGGACUCCCAUAUUGGUUAAGAGAGGUUCCGGACAUCAUCUUCCGUUCUUACAAUGAACAAUUCAUGCACCACAUGGAGAAAUUCAUCAAGAUGAUAAUUAAUAAGAUGAAAGAAGAGAAGUUAUUUGCACCGCAAGGAGGCCCAAUUAUCUUGGCUCAGAUUGAAAAUGAGUACAACACUGUCCAACUUGCAUAUAGAGACCUGGGUCAUAAAUAUGUUCAGUGGGCAGGAAAUAUGGCUGUGGGUCUUAAUGUAGGUGUACCAUGGGUAAUGUGCAAGCAGAAGGAUGCUCCUGAUCCAGUGAUCAAUACUUGCAAUGGAAGGCAUUGUGGAGAUACAUUCACAGGACCCAAUAGGCCAGACAAGCCUUCUCUCUGGACUGAGAACUGGACUGCUCAGUUUAGAGUAUUUGGAGAUCCACCUUCUCAAAGAGCAGCAGAAGAUUCCGCGUUUUCAGUUGCCCGCUGGUUCUCCAAGAAUGGAUCUCUAGUCAAUUACUAUAUGUACCAUGGCGGGACGAACUUCGACAGAACUGCUGCAUCCUUCGUAACAACUCGCUACUAUGAUGAAGCUCCUCUUGAUGAAUAUGGUUUGCAGAGGCAACCAAAAUAUGGUCAUCUCAAGGACUUGCAUAGGGCUUUAAGACUGGCCAAGAAGGCUUUGCUUUGGGGCACUCCUGGUGUUCAGAAAUUGGGUGAAGAUCAGGAGGCUCGGUUCUAUGAGCAACCUGGAUCAAAACUCUGUGCUGCUUUCUUGACCAACAACGACAGUAGAAGUGGACAGACUGUUGAGUUUAGGGGUCGGGAAUAUCACCUGCCACCACGUUCCAUUAGCGUUCUCCCUGAUUGCAAGACUGUAGUUUAUAAUACCAUGACGAUUGUGUCACAACACAAUGCAAGGAAUUUUGAAAAAUCAAAGAAAGCAAACAAGAAACUUAAAUGGGAGAUGGCUCCAGAAGUCAUUCCUACCCAACUUAAAGUAACAUCAAAAGUCCCAAUGGAACUCUACGGCUUGACCAAAGAUGUCACUGACUAUGCUUGGUACACCACAGUCAUAGUAUUAAGUUCCCGGGACUUGUCUUUGCGAAAGGACAUUCGCCCAGUUUUAAGGGUUGCAAGUCUUGGCCAUGCAAUGAUUGCUUUUGUGAAUGGCGAAUUUAUAGGAUCGGCACAUGGCAGCCAAAUUGAGAAGAGCUUUGUCCUUCAGAAACCUGUAACAUUGAAGCCAGGGGUUAACACUAUUACACUCCUGGGUUCUCUUGUUGGACUCCCUGAUAGCGGAGCCUACAUGGAGCAUAGAUAUGCAGGGCCUAGAGGGGUAACAAUCCUGGGUUUGAACACUGGAACACUGGAUUUGUCAUCAAACGGUUGGGGGCAUGAGGUCGGUUUGACUGGAGAGAGAGAUAAACGGUACAGUGAGGAAGGAGCACAGAAGGUAUCAUGGCAAGAUGUGCCAAAUGGAGAAGGCCCUCCUAUAACAUGGUACAAGUCUUAUUUUGAUGAACCUGAAGGAAACAAUCCCGUUGUGGUCCGUAUGACCGGUAUGAAAAAGGGUAUGGUUUGGAUCAACGGCCAAAGCAUCGGCCGUUACUGGAUGUCUUACCUCUCCCCUCUUGGGGAAACUACACAAGCUGAGUAUCAUAUCCCAAGAUCAUAUCUAAAGCCAAAAGAUAACCUGAUAAUAGUGAUGGAGGAGGAGCCAGCUAACCCUGAUAAAAUUGAGAUUCUACUUGUGAAUAGAGAUACAAUCUGUAGUUACAUUACAGAGUAUCAUCCACCAAAUGUCAAAUCAUGGGCAAGGAAGAAUAAUAAAUUUAGACCUGUAGUGGACGAUGCGCGACCAGCAGCUCACCUCAAGUGUCCAAACCAUAAGAAGAUUGUCUCGGUCGAGUUUGCCAGCUGGGGCGAUCCUUAUGGUUCUUGUGGAUCUUUUGCUCUUGGAAACUGCACUUCUUCUGUUUCCGAGCAAGUUGUUGAACAGUAUUGCUUGGGAAAAGCUGCUUGUGACAUUCCCAUUGAGAGAGACCUCUUUGACAAGAAUCAUGAUGCUUGCCCAGAUAUUAAGAAGACACUCGCCGUUCAGGUGAAGUGCGGCUAGAAGAAUUUAGAGAUCCAUGAGAAAGAUCUUUAAGGUGUUUGUGAUCAUGGGUUUGAAGAACCUGGUAGAUUAUAGAAUUCUUGUGCUUAAAUUUUAUGUCCCUACAAGAUGUUCAAGCUCAUGUUUGUAUUCACCUUUCUCUUAUGCAAGAGUCUCUUAUUAAAGUAAGAAUUUGACUUUUUUCUUUUUC